AUGAGUACAACCUCCACGGCAGUACGACGGAAACCGGUACCUGCGCAUUCAUGGCCGGCUUCACCUGAAGAGCACUCUAGUACGGCAAAAAAUCAACCUGUUUCUGAGGGUGACAAUGCUCAUAUUCCCAGCGAGACAAACGAGACACUCACGGUGGAACCUAAACGGGCGAAGACAAUUCCACCCGUCCUCAAAGAACAAUCGCCUGAAUCCAGGUCGAGAUCGGUCUCCACCUGGAACCCCGGAGCUCUUCACUGGCUCACUCUUGUGUCGUUCUUUGCCGUCUAUGUAAUGAUGCUUGCAACCACCAUUGUCUUAUUCGAAGUUUCGCGAUCGAAUGCAGGGCUCGCCACGUCCAAAAGCUCUCAUCACUACGCCUGGACAUACGGCCCGAUGGCCGUACUAGUGCUUGUUGCAGGAGCAUGGCAUCAAGUGGAUUAUCAAUGUCGAAUGCUGGCCCCCUGGCUGUCAUUGACAACUGGUCCAAAGCCAGCAGCAAACACAUUGCUUCUCGAUUACAUAUCGCCGAUUCCUCCCAUCGCCUGCUUCCGCGCCGCGCAAAACCGCGACUGGGCUGCGGCGGCUAGUUCUGCGGCUGGAAUGCUUUUGGACCUUGCUUUGGUCUUCUCCACAGCUUUAUUGAUUUUGAUACCGGUAACGCGGACCGUGACUGAUGACGAUAUUCCCCUCAGUUCGAUUUUCUCGAGCCAAAACGUUGUCAACUACAGCGGUGACCCGGCGGCAGUGAUGAGCUACUGGGCCACCAUCGACCGUGGACUUGGGUUGCCUUAUGGCUCGACCAAUUCUACCGCUUUCAACCCUAUCAAUUCGAGUUUCAACAGCUUACGGAAUGAAUCUCUGGUUGCCCAAGUGCCUAUGUUUGUGCCAAAACUGCAGUGCGAGGUCGCUGAUCUCAACUUUACGAUCGGGCACACACAGGGUUGGCACACUGACAGUCCCGAGUUGGACGCAGAGCUCCUUUUCGCGAUAUCCCAGUCUACUUCGUCCUGCCAGACAAUGAGCAUGGAAAACGGAGGUCCGAACAUGCUUCAAGAUGUCGUACCACCGAGAAUCUUGACCGGCAUCCUGGGAGACGCAGCUGUCUGCGAGAAUCUCAGUGUUGGAUACGUGGCUCCAUGGACUUGGACAGUGCUGGAUAUGAGAUACACGCAAAUCUUUGGACCCUCUCAAAACGAUACCUUGAAUGUUACCAUGUGGCACGCUGAGUUAGCCAACGCUACCAGCAUUAUGUGCUACCCCAGCUAUGCCAUACACUUGGCUCGCGUCACGUCUGACACGAACCCGAACAAAAUGGUUGCCCUAGAACUUGAUGACAGUUCUCCGCCUGCGUACAUUGAUGGCUUCAACAACUCGCAAUUCAGCACCGCACUCUCACUUGCACUGGACCCUUUGUUUCAGACUCUUCCUCUAAAAUGGAAACCUCUUGAUCUUACCCAGCAGACAAGUGACAGCGCUGGCUUUACACUCAUGUCCAUGUUGCAACCAGAUACUACUAUUGAGAAGUUCCUUGAUGCCAAUGAGAUGGCGAAUGCGGCAGAAACGGUGUUCAAUGGCAUUGCGGCGCAGUUCGCAAAUAUCGAGCUUUCUAUUCCGUCCACUGCCUCUGUCAAUGGCUCGAGGCAAUUCUCUGAACUUCGAAUCGUUGUCAAAGGGAUGCCAGUAAUUGUGUUAUCAGUGUGCUUUGGACUGCUGGCGAUUCUUUCCAUUGUCAUUCUGAUGGUACGACCGCAGGGAGUGGUUCCAAGAUCUCCUCGAUCUUUGAUGGCGAAUGCACUCUUGAUGCAAGAAAGCCCUGAUAUUCGACAGAGGCUUUCCUUCUGUGGCAAGCUUUCCGACUCUGACCUCAAGCUCUCACUGCUCGGGUUCAAUUAUCGCUCCGAGUGCAUAGCUAGCAAAGUCGUUCAGGAAACGACCUCGACAAGUGGCGUACCGCCUGCUCUUUUGAACUCCUUUGAUUGGUGGCGGCCUUUUGCGUCGAGGCUUUACUUUACUCUUGUCAUCGUCGUCAUCCUCUGUGGAUUGAUUGCUGGCUUGCAAGUCGUUGAACAUUUCUCCCAUGAAGCCCGCGGAUUUCUAUAUCUUAGCGCGAGUGGCGCGGCCGCAAGGAGGUGGUCUUCCAUCGUCCCAACCGCAGUGAUGGUUCUUACCAAGCUCGCCAUACAUUCCAGUGGUGGUACGCUCCUCCUUUUCGUUCCGUUCGCUAUGCUGAAACAAGCACGUACAUCCUCCUGGAGGGCUUCUAAAUGGAGUCCGAUGGGUCAGCUUCCCAUCGAAAACCUCGUGCGAGGUAUGAAAUAUCAGCGGCUCUCUGUUGUCGUGGUGUCACUUGCCCUUAUACUCUGUAGCUUUCUAUCGAUCAUCGUUUCGGGUUUGUACACCGUGACGGGUUGUACCUAUGCUCAUAAUAAGACCGUCUUGACGGUGGACUACUUCAACUACAAUUGGAACACGACAGCCAACUCGAGCAGCCCAGAUAAUUAUGCCGGACUUAAUUUUGCUUUAUUGAAUCUACACAACAUGUCCUACCCUGCAUGGACAUUUGAAGAGCUAGUCUAUCCGCGGAUUGAUCAGUCCACCUUGACAAGCGGUCUGCAGCAGAGCAUUUCAGCUGGUCGCGUCAAAGUCCUGAUGGAGAUUCCUGCUAUAAGGGCGUCUCUGGACUGUACCUUUGCAAUCCCCGGCCGCGCAACCUCUUUAUGGGUCAAGAAUGCUCCAGGUCCAUCCAACGAAAUGAACUUCGUCCAGAACAAUCAGAUCUACGUCCCUCAAGAAUGUCGUCCCAGUGCAGGGCGUCAAAUCAUAAAUACCACAACAACAAUCCCAGCCAUCAUUCUCGAUGAAGCAGGACAAUACUACAGUGUCCAGAAUGAAUAUCCCUGGCCGCCCUACAAGAAGUCGAACAACGCCUUCCCUGGCCAAUGCCCGCAAUUUGGCUUCACUUUUGGGUUCGCGGGUCCCCAUUCCAACAGCACAGACAAUAUCACCAGCCUGACUUGCUAUCAACAAAUUCAGCAGGUGAGGACCGUGACCACUUUCGUCCUGCCGGACUGGAUCAUCGAUGUGACGUCUCAACCUCGGGUCGACGAGGAUUCCGUUGAGACGUUGGUUCAGUAUGCAGACUACUGGCUGGGUAAAAUCUUCUCGGGCGGUCUAGGUGACACCACAUAUGCGCCGCUGGAACCAUUUUUCAUCAACGUGAUCAGUGGCAGCGAAGGCGUUCCCGAAGCGGACAUGCUGGGGCCUCAGAACCAGGAAAAGUUGUUCUCAGCCGUGCAACACAUGUAUAGAAAGUAUAUGGCCCAGGCAAUACAUUUGAACAUGCGUACAGAGGUCACUACGCCUUCACAGGCGAAGACAUACACCGCUUCUGUGCUGGACUCGGACAAGCUCUGCUUGCUUCAGAACAGGCCGCCGAGGAUAGCAUUGCAAGCCGUCCUUGGUACGAUACUGCUUUGCAUGCUGACAGGCUACAUCCUCAUCCCGACCCGCAAGCUUCUGCCUCACAGUCCGCUGUCGAUCGCCGGGACUUGGUCCUUGGUCGCAAAUGGGCCGUUUGGAAGAAGCGUUUUGCAUGGCGGCCUGGUGCCGGACGAUACAGACACUAUCGAGGAUGGUGCGUUGGUGCGACAACUGAGAGAAGCGAAACUCAUACCGCGGCUGGGCUUCUGGUCAGAAGAUGGUGAACAACCUAUUGCGUUGGAAGUGGGUGAAGAGCGACUGCGGCGAUGUCGCAAUACGCAUGGCACGGGCGCUCAUGAAGAGCCCAGCGUUUGGUACGGUAUUGGAGUUGUGACUCAGCAGCAGCAAAAACAACAACAAGGAGGAGGAGGAAGAGAAGCAGAACAUGGUGGCAUUGAUGAAGAACAGCAAGUUGUUGAAGAUGACCGCCCGAUCCUCGAAGAGCAUGUCGAGCCGGGUCACCAUGAAGCGUGA